AAAGGGAAACAGAGAGCAGCAUCAGAAUCAAAGUAAAUCAUCAUAAAAAAAAAAUUAUUUAAAAAAAAAAAAAAAAAAAAAACCAUGGUGGGUCAAUGGACGGUGAAUAAACCGAGCAGGAGCGACGAAGUGGUUGAUGCAGAUCAACAGCUCAAACUCGCCGAGCAGAUCAGAGCUCAGUUUGACUCUAUUACCCCAAAACGACCACUCAAACCCAACAGAAGCGAACCCGAUUCAUCAACACCAACCCCUGAUCAGACCAUCCAAAACCAUACCAUUCCUGAGCUUCGCAAGUUUCGUUCUCUUCAAUCUCAAUCCCAUGUUAUUUUUUCAACAGAAGGAGUUUCAACGGUUCCAGAUAAUGAAUUUGUGGAGACCCAGUACUAUAGGGAAUUGGAUUCCAUUGAGAAAGAGCACCACACGACAGGAAGUGGUUUUAUAAAGAUUGGAAAAGAAGGCAAUGAAGAUGGCUAUGGAAUUCAGUUACCACAAGUUCAUAGUAAUGGUGAAGCUCGAGCUGUUGGGUGUUUCAGAAGCAACCCAGCAACGAAUGACUGGGUUCCUAGCACCGAUGACGAUCAGAUUUUCAUAUCCUCAAAACCAAAUCGGAGCGAAAGCUCUUAGUAGAUCUGCAGAGAGAUUAGUGAUUGGAAAUGAAAGAGAUAGGCCUUGUGGUUUUACCAACUCUUCCUUAAAUUAUGUUAUACAACGUCUUUGUUGUUGGUGUUGUCGUCGUUGGAUAAAAGAAAAUGAGAUAAGGAUUGGGAUUUGGUGGAAAGCUUUGAAAAUUAUAUUUAGAAUAACAUAUAAAAAAUUGUGUAAUGGAAACUUCAAGCACCUUUUUUUUUUAUGUCGUUCUUAUCCAUUCACACUGUUAACGCCAAUAUUUUAAAUGGAUGUUGUGUCAACCUGUUUGUCAUGACACCUUAUAUGCUAAGCCGAUCUGCAAUUACUGAUA